AUGGUGCCUUCACAAAUGAAUCUCUCUGCCGUCCUCCUAGUCGUCCUCCUCCUACCCGUCGUCAUGGAAGCUGGUGAGUCGGUGUUCGUUGGGAAAGAUCAUUGCGGCGACGAACAUCAGAGCGGCAAUUAUAAAGGGAUAUGCAUUGGAUUGAUACAUGACGCCGCUUGCAAUCGUGUAUGCGUAGACGAAAGCAGCGACAACUCUGGUGGCGUCUGUGACUUUUUACAAUGCUGGUGCAUAACCAGAUGCACCUCUGAGACUGAGGCUGUUGCCAGUGCUCCGAUCCGGCAAUGA